AUGGUCGAGGAGUUCUUUAUAAGCGACGAGCCGAAGUACGAAGAAUGUCGUCAUUUCUUUAAGGUUCUUAACCAAGAAAUUCGAAUAGCCAAUAAAAAGCAUAAUGUCGAUAAGGAUACGGGUACCAUUCCCGAGAAAGGCUAUAAUGCCCUAUACAGGCCCUGGCGGCAAGCAGCAAGAACGGCAGAAGCAAACGGCUCCCCGGAGGAGUUUUGGUCGGCUUUCAAUAAGACUCGUGAUCUUCUGACCCUCUUUAAUAAACGACAUUAUCUUCCUAAGCACUAG